CCACUGUCUUCAGUUCCUCCCCGGACCUAAAUAUUCGUUGCACUCAAAACAGGCAUGGCGUCCUUCAAUCAGAGUCAAAAGUAACAGACAUUUAUCCAUUUGGCUUCUGUAUCUAUUUUAGGUUGUUUUUUUAUGUAGAUGUAUAAAUAUUUUUCACAAUGGCGACCAGGACCGUGUGUCAAGUUCUCCAGCGCCGCCUUGCAUCUGUCGCGGCGGCUGCGCGUCCUCCGGCCGCCGAGGUCCGCAGCCAGCGCAACGCCGUUUUCUCCAGAGAGCAGGCCAGGCAGAGAGCUCUGUACCCUCGCAUUGAGAAGAUAGAGGUGUCCAUGCAGGGCCCGGGGCUGGAUGGUACACUGCUCAUCAUGAACAGAGGAAUGUCCACGCCACUGAGCUGUGCCAGACACCUGACAGAGCAUCAUGUGACCAACUCGGUACUGGCCCUGGUGAACGGGGAACCGUGGCCUCUCCACCAGCCCCUCACCCACUCCUGCUCACUCACUCUGCUCACAUUUAAAGACAGUGACCCAACACUGGUCAACCAGGCCUAUUGGCGUUCCUGCGCUGCCUUGCUAGGCCAGGUGCUGGAGACUGCGUUCAAGGACGACUUUACUGUGGAGCUGCUCAGCACACCAGAGGUGCCAGUCACUUCAGGGGCUUUCUGCUGUGAUGUGGUGCUCGACCCUCAGCUGGACUCAUGGACUCCCUCCGAGGAGUCGUUGCGGUCUCUGACCCGAGGGGCCCAGCAGCUGAUCCACCAGGACCUGGCCUGGGAGCCUCUGGAGGUGGCACCCUCUGUGGCGCUGGAGGUCUUCUCACACAGCAGGUGUAAACAGGAAGAGGUGGAACAGAAGGCAGCACAAAAUCCCAAAGGCAAAGUGAUGCUCUACAGAUGUGGUGACCAUGUGCUGCUGAGUGUGGGCCCCCUGGUGGCCAGGACAGGCCUCUGCUCCCAGUACGAGGUGACAGCCCUCCACAGCCUGGGACAGGGAUCCUGGGGCCUCCACCGUCGUGCACAGGGCCUCUCCCCCUGCCCUGCAGCUGCAGUCACGUUGUCUUCCUCUCUGCAGGCUCACCACACAGUCUGGAGGAAACUGAGGCAGCGGGCAGAGAAACUGGUUGAGGUGUCGAUACCUGAAGAAGUGACUCCAUCCUCUCCUCCUAUCUCAACUCCUCCGACCAGCCAGUAACGACCUCUGUGUAACCUUCCACACACACAGACACACUUUAACAUGCAUCCAAUUGUACUAUUUGCUUAAUAAAUGUGUAAAAAUAUGUGACAAAUCA